UCUUGCGUGAUGCCUCUAGCAGCCUGGGUGUUACUGGCAACGUUUACCUGGUGUUCCUACGCCCACGCCGCCCAUGCUGCCCCAGUCCCGCCCGUCGCAGCCGCCCUCAGCUCUCCCUCUCAGGGCUUCGGCUCCAACAACAGCGAAGACGACUCCGUAGCUCAGCCUGAGAAGAGAUUACUCAAAUAUUUCCUCCCAGGAAGCCAGGCAUGGAUGGACGAUGGCGGAGACUUGUACCCCAUCAGUCAGGAGGGCUCCAAGAGAGCCUACAGCGAUAGGAACUACUUGAGGUUCGGACGGAACGAUGACGACAAGAGAAGCCGCAAUUUCCUCAGGUUCGGUCGCAGCGAUCUUGGCGACUACGAUAACAGGGAUGAAGGGGGACUCAGCGAUUCCCUCGAUAAACGAAGCCGUAACUUCCUUAGAUUCGGACGCGAUCACUCGCGCAACUUCCUCAGGUUUGGGAGAUCUGACAUGGAGGAUCUGAGCCUCGCUGGAGGACCCAUGGACUUCCCUGCUGGUCUCCUGGACGAGGUGGAUCAGGAAGACCUGCCCUUCCAGGAGAAGCGUUCUCCACACAAGAGCUACCGUCACCUCGUCAAAGGAAAUCGGAACUUCCCCAGAUUUGGGCGCGGAGACCGCAACUUCCUGCGAUUCGGCCGCUCCGUCGACAGUCAGCUCAACGCCCUGUCUUGUGAUGGUUGUGAUGGUCCCAAAACCUCAGUGUCCUCCACCCCGUCACCCACCCCGGUCCAGCCCGUGACCAGCACCAAGAAAGACAUCUCUACCCACAGCAUUGAGGCUUCAAACCCCAGUGGCAGCACUUCUCAGCGCAUGAAGAGAGCCGUCGACCCAACCUUUUAUGACUACGGGUCAAUGCUAUCCUACAGCCCCUCCUCCUGGGCCAGAGGAUUCCAGCCUGAAGAGGAGAUAAUCACCGUGUCCUCAGAGGAUCCACAGGACGUAAACAAACGCGCACAUGAUCGUAACUUCCUGCGCUUCGGCCGCGAUCGUAACUUCCUCAGAUUUGGCAAGCGGGACAGAUCCAACGAAUACCCGCCAUCCUCGCCCUCCGAGUCCAGCGAGUCCCUGGUGGCGGUGAGUCCAGCCGCGGCCCACAAUACACCUUGUAAGGAGGUACCAAGGAUCGCGGGGCACCCUAAGACUACUAUUCUUCCCGCCAUCCUCUUCAGGUCGUUCAGCUUUCCUUCAAGGAUGACCUCAAUGGCACUCGAGGCCAAAGGUGCCCCCCUAACAGCACACUCUUGGUGGGGAGAUAUUAUAUAUUUUAUAUUUAUUUAUUUACUUAUUUAUACACGAAGGUACAUAGGGUUUAUUAGAGUACAGAGAUUUGAAGUUUUAUAUACUUGUAAAUCCACUAGCACGCAUAGCGUUUCGUUUAUAUAAUAUUAUAUAUUAUGACAGUGUCAGACCACGGAGGAAGAAUGGAAACAGAAAUUUCCUUAAGUACUUUCGUAUUAUUAAUUAUAGAUCUUCAGAAGGAAUGCAUUAUAUAUAUUAUAUAUAAAUCUUAAACUCUCUGUAACUUUGCUAGACAAAAUAACAAGCUAAAUGUACUAAAACAUUAAACUAAUAUAAUAAAAUAAUAAUAUAAAAUUAUCAAUUAUUUUGACUUUUGUGAAUUUGAAUGAUAAACAGACGAAUUAUUUUUUUUUUCAAAGAUUUGGCCAGAAAAAAAAACUGUUCGUAUUUAUUCAUAGUGGCUUCGAAAUAAUAAAAACGCUACUGAAAUAUUUAUGUAAACUCUGUAACAUUAUCAAUAAAAUAUUUCACACAUU